AUGUUAAGUCAGUGCAUGAGAAGCUUCCGAGUGGCAGCUAGGGAAAAUUAAACACAUCUUUUUUUUUCGACAUGAAUCCAUUGGUAAUCGCUUUGUGCGCCCUCGUGGCAGCGGCAAUCGCCGCCCCCAUUGACAACACUAGUCCAAUCCCCAUCGUCAGGCAAGCCUUGGACGGGCCCAACCCCGACGGAUCCUACAACUACAACUACGAGACCGGUAACGGUAUUCAGGCUCAGGAAGAGGGUCAUCUCAACAAUGCCGGCACCGACAACGAAGCCCUGGAGGCACACGGCAGCUUCAGCUACACUGACGCCGAAGGCCAGACGUACCAAAUCACGUACAUAGCCAACGAGAAUGGAUUCCAGCCAGAGGGUGCUCACUUGCCGACCGCGCCCCCGGUGCCACCGCAAAUCCAAAAAGCCCUUCAGUACAUCGCCGAACACCCCGAGGAGAACGAGGAGGAGGCUAAAGAUCACUAAAAAGAAUACCGAAAAGGGCCCUGUGACGGAAGGAAGGAUAGAAUCGGCGAGUCAAAGGCGAGUUCUCGAAAAGGCGAGACGAUCGAAAGAAGCCUGGCGCGGAACCGAUCGUGGCAGUAUCGAGGAUCGACAGGUAUUCGAUCCCCCGUGGUAGAACGGCGAUCACAGCUAGCAGACUCGGCCCUUCGCGUCGUGAUUAUUUCUGUAUUUAUAUGCGCUCGUAUAAUCAAAAAGAAAUUUUUUUGUACAACAUCUGUAUGAACAGAAUCCCGAUGAUAUGUUGUAAAUAAAUUUCGUCGCUGUGCAAGUCA